AUGUCAAGCUUUACUUAUUGUUUAGAAAAAUCCACUCUUCUUUAUCUCGAGAGUGAAAUUAAAAUAAAUAUUUUUAAAUAUGUUGAUACGCCGCUAAACCUUUCGUUAACCUGCAAGGCAUGGAAUAACAUUGCAAAAGAUCCCUACGCCAAAGCCGAGUGGUUAAUACAUAAUUACGGAAAGACUUAUGCAUUAUUUCAUGGAAUUAGGUUGGGCCCAACUUUUAUAAACGAGAACGUUUGUAAAACCUUAAUAUCAAGAAAUGUCGCAUUUUCAAGACAUUUGGUUCAAAGAGUAUUAAUGAAUUAUGGAAGACAAGAUCCAGCAUUGACCGAACUAAGAAUCAAAUACAAUAUAAUACAACCUGACUCGAAUAAGAUUCGCAGGGACCAAAAACAAAUUAAAGAUCCAUGGGCGAGCGAUUUGCCCUUGAGCGUGUUUAUUUUUAUAUUACAAGAAGGAGCUUCUCGAUUUUCAGAAAUAUUUCCUAUUAAGGGGAACGACAUGGAAUUGUUCCAUUUUAUUUCAGCAGGUACUCUUGUGAUCAGUUAUGCUUCACAUGAGUUGAAAAGAAAUUACGACAUGAUAAAACAUUUGAUCUUAAAGGAUAAGUUCGUCCCAUUACCAUACAGACCAAGCAAAUAUAAAUUAAGUUAUGACAUUGACCCUCACAACACGACGGUGGUUCCGGAAGAAUAUCCAUCAAAGGAUGGUUUUGAAAACAAUAGACAGCUCAAUGCAAUUGCAAGAGCUAUACUACUUGACGCAAGCUUGGUUCAUUUAUGGAAAGAAACUGGUUACACAGAGAUAUGUGAUGAUACCAAUGAUCUUUUCAUGUCAGGAGCAUUACUCAUCCUUUUUCCUCCAUCCUCACCAUCCGGAUGGUUUUGUCCUACUCCUGAAGAUGUAACGAACCGCCUUACCAAGCUCAUCGAACUAGGGUUUAAACUCACGGAUAAGACCAUAGUGGACACCCUACAAAUGUAUGAAAAUCAGUUGGAUGAUUACGGGAACUUAUUUUGGAAUGUUUUCACCACAAUUCGAAGUGGGGAAUCAAGUGUUUCAUUU